CUCCCUGGCAGCCCCCGCCGGCCUGGCAGGAUGGUGGUGUGCGGCCUGGCCUGCUGGAGGUGCAGGUGGCUCUUGCCCCUGCUGCUGGGCCUGGCCAUCAUCAUGGGCAUCAUCGCCCUGGCGGGCCGGGGCUGGCUGGAGUCGGAGUCGGAGCCCUACGUGCAGCAAGCGUCCCUGUGGGAGAGCUGCACGCGGGGCGAGGAGGACCUCAACUGGCGCUGCGAGUCCCUCAUGGACUACGGAUGGGGGAGAGCAGCAGCUGCCACAUACCUUGUUGGCUUUGUGAUCCUGGUCAUCUGUUUUGCUCUCGCAGUCAUCGCGUUCUCGAUUGAGAUACUCCGCUUCAACUUUGUGCGAGGAAUUGGAGGCUUGCUCUUUGUUGUUGCUGCAUUCCAGAUCAUAGGCUUGGUCAUCUACCCAGUGAAAUUCACAGAAGAAAUUCCACUGACAGGAGAUAAUAUGUUCAGCUGGGCCUAUGGCUUUGGUUGGGCCAGCACUGUUGUUGUAAUAGGCUGUGCUUUCUUCUUCUGCUGCCUCCCCAACUGGGAAGAUGAAGUCCUGGGAAACAUCAAGCCUACCUAUUACUACUCCUCCCCAGAGAGAGCACCAUACCUAAAUUGAAAGAUUAAAUCCAAGUACAGUCAACUGUCAAAAAAGAGAGGAGCACCUCUGAUGUAAAUUUGGUGCCAUUGUAAGAGACUAAAAAAAACCCACCUUAUUUCUGCAGAGUAUUUCUUACUAGCCCUGGCAAUAAAUUGGUAAAAAUAUUGGCAUCUUUAAGCAAAUAGCUUUUACCUAAAGUAUUACUUAUGUAUUCUCAUGUCGAUUCUGUUUGAGUGGUUUACUUGCUCCUUCCCCUCUCAACUAAUUGAGUCAUCCUUAUUUUAUUCAAAACACUUGCUUAUGAAUAAAGAUGUAGUGUUUCAAGUGUAGAAAGGAAGAGGAGAUAUUUUAAACAACCCACUAGAGGAACCUACAAGUUAUUUUGUUUUCACCUCGGACAAAAUUGUCUUCAAUGGAACUAGAAAAAAACCAACCUUCCAAAGAAUGCUUUUUCUUC